AUGCUCCUGGACGAGCAUACGCGAUUGUUAAUAAAACAACAAUACUCCCCGGCGUUAACCUAUCGUUUCGGUAACGUAAAUCACCCGAGUCCGUUCAGCAUCGAUCGUUACGGUGGCAAGGUCACGCUAACCGAGCCUUUGGACGCUGAGGACUGCGAUGAGUACACGGUCCAGGUGAUCGCCAGUGACGGAAUCCAUGAGGCAAUCACUGAUCUCACUGUCAGGGUCCUCGACGUAAAUGACAAUCAUCCGAAAUUCCAGCAGGCCGCUUACAUCGCCACCUUAUCAGAAGGCCGAGGUGAAGUACGUGAAUUACUGGCAGUAAACGCGACAGACGAGGAUCUCCUGGAAGCCAACAACGUGGUUCACUACCACCUUCUCAGUCCCGUAAAAGGCUUCAGUAUAAACUCCGAGACCGGAGUGAUAACUGCCAACAGAACCGCACUGUCGCGCCCUGUGCCCAAGGAGAUUGAGUUGAUAGUCGUCGCACAGGACUCCGGGAAGCCGGCGCUCUCCUCAACCUGCUCGGUGAUCAUCAGGUUGAGCGGACUCAGGAACUCUUCUUCGAACAGGGAAUUCAAGAUCAGCGUCAGCGAGAACGCCACUCGGGGGACUAGUCUUCUUAAGUUGGCUGAUCUGGGGCUCCUAGAUGGAAGCAUUGUGUCUCAAGAAGGCACUGAUGUUUUUGAAAUUUCACGUGGCAGAUUGAUUAUUAGCAAAAAUUUGGACCGUGAAACUAAAGACAGAUACAACAUCUACCUAGGAACCAAAACCUCAAACUCCUCCAACCUGUCCACCGAAGACGUAGUAAUGGUAACAAUUCAAAUCGACGACUCCAACGACAACUACCCGCACUUCACCGAAGACCUACAAGAAGUGACCAUAAAAGAAGACGCGCCAAUCGGCACCGUCCUAACCACAAUCCGAGCUAGCGACAACGACCUCUCUGGCGCCUUAUCAUCAACCAUAACCUACAACAUAACCUCCGGGAACGACCGCCAUUUAUUCCAAAUCGACCCCUCAACCGGUUUAAUCACCGUCAACUCAACCCUAGACUGCGAUUUGUCCCCCGAAACGCACCACCUUGUCAUCCUGGCCUGCGACAGCGACCCCGUUCCACUGUGUUCCCUCGCCAGGGUGCGCAUCCACAUCUCCGACGUGAACGACAACUCCCCCAAGUUCCCAGUGCACGAGUACCUCGAAUUUGUCGGCGAAAAUGAACCCGUCGGAACCCGAGUGUUCUCCGCCAGAGCUUCGGAUCUCGACCGCGGAAUUUUCGGAACCGUAAAUUACUCCAUAAUUUCCGCAGCCGCUUCUGGAUUUACUGACAUAGACGACUCCUGGAAGCUCUUUAACGUGAACCCUUUGACCGGAACAGUGACCACUGGCGCCAUCUUCGACUACGAACAGCGGAACCGCUACGCCUUUACCUUAAGAGCCACUGAUACAGGUGGCAGAACCGCAGCUGUGAAGGUUAGGGUAGAAAUAGACUCCAGAGACGAAUUUUACCCCCAAUUUACAGAACGGAUGUACCGCUUCGACCUGCGGAACGGUUUGCAAACGGUUCCUGGAACCGUAGUUGGUCAUGUGACCGCCACAGACCGCGACAAAGGCCCCGACGGCCGGGUAGUGUACCAAUUAACCUCCCAGCACCCUUACUUCAAGCUAAACCGCACCACGGGGGCGCUGAUAGUCAAAAAGAAGCUGCAUUAUGACUCCGAGGAGUCUUCCAGGCUUGUAGUUAGCGCCAGUUCCGGUAGGCAGCGCUCUCUGUCCAACAUGACCGUCGUGGAGGUCAGAAUUAUUGAUGAUGAGUCCAACAGCCUCUUCUCUACGAACUACCCUUCGAAUUUGGGCGCGAACAUGGCAGUGGCGACAUCUAACGGACUUGCGGAUUGGGCGCUAGGCCUCCUAAUAGCGCUAGUUCUCCUAAUUGCCGGGUUUGGAGGGUUCUUCUUGUUCGUCCAUCUUAAGAAUAGAAAGCACAAAAAGCCGAGUGCCAAACCUGGCUUGAAUGGCGACGGUGGCGCCACUGCGUCGAAUAGUUACGUAGAUCCCACUGCGUUCGAUACAAUUCCCAUUAGAGGGGUCGCUGCGGCUAGUGUUCCUAAUAGUCAAGGGGCGUGUCAGUUCGCUCCGCCCAAGUAUGACGAAAUCCCGCCCUAUGGAACCUCGGGGCAGUCUAUUGGCCAGCAAGCCACCUCCGAGAUUUCUGGGAGUGACCAAUCAGGUUCCUCUGGGAGGGGUUCUGCGGAGGAUGAUGGAGAAGAUGAGGAGAUCAGGAUGAUCAAUGAGGGGCAGGCUCCUGACUCUGCAAGUGACCUUUCUGUUCAUAACACUCAGGAGUAUCUUGCCAGGUUAGGAAUUGUCGAUGCGCCAUCUGCGAACUCCCACUCCCACGCUAGGAGGCCUCCAGAAGCCCUCCCACUGGACAGCAUUCAUCUUUUUGAAGAUGAAGCGGUCACUGAAGCGGAGAUCGCUACGCUUAUUUACGGGAAGAUUGGAGAAUCCAGGAGGCCCACUUCGGAAUUGGAGGUUCCGGGAGGGCCAUCUAUGAACGGUUCCUUGAGUUCCAUUGUUCAUAGUGAAGAGGAACUCACUGGGUCUUACAAUUGGGACUAUCUUUUAGAUUGGGGGCCUCAAUAUCAGCCCCUAGCGCAUGUUUUUAGUGAGAUAGCCAGGCUCAAAGAUGACGCUAGUGUUCAGAGUUCCGGGAACAGGCACAAGGUGCAGCAGCACAAGGCUCCGCCUCCGCCGUUAUUGACCUCUGUGGCGCCUAGGUCGAUCGCAGCGCCGGCUUUGGCCAGGGCCAUGCUGCCCAGGAGCCCGAUCAGCCAUGACACUUCUACUUUCCCCUCCGCGGCGCUAAGUCCCAGUUUUUCGCCGUCAUUGUCGCCGCUGGCCACUAGGAGUCCCAGUAUUAGCCCGCUUGUUCCUCCUACUCCACAGAGGGCGCAAAAUCCGAGGAACUUACCUGUGGUUGAUAGUGAAUUGAGGAUUUGA